AUGGACAAAGGAAUUGUGACUGGCUUGAUCAAUAACCGCCGAUAUCUGAUCAGGGCUUGGUUCUUGCAUGCAAACUAUGAUUCCAUCUUCAAGUUGCCUAAGUUCGACCUGUACUUCGGAGUGGACUUCUGGUAUAAUGUGAGAUUUAAGAGUUUCUAUGAUCUAGUAUGGACUGAGAUUAUCAGCUUGAGUAAGGCGAAUUCUAUGGCUAUAUGUCUAGUGAAUAUAGGCCUUGGGACACGUUUCAUAUCUGCAUUAGAGCUUCGGAUAUUGCCUGACAACAUGUAUACUAUAGUCAAUAGUUCGUCGUCUUUGACAACUUACUGGAGACUUGACGUAGGGAGCCUUUCGCCUAUAAACCUUAGGUACAAAUCAGACCCUUACGAUCGAAUAUGGGUGCCAUCUACCUUCAAUGGCUUGAUCAAUCUUAAUACUUCAGCUGCCAUAAGCAUAAAGUCUGACGACAACUACCAUCCGCCUAUUCAAGUCAUGCAAACCGCUGCACAGCCCAUGCACAAAACUGACAACAUAAGCCUCCAUUGGGGGUCCCCGUCAUGGAACCCAAACUCUCCCUUCUACUUCUAUUUCUUCUUUGCCAAAUAUUUCUCAGUUACUGCACUAUUGGAUAUUAAAGAUAAACUUGGACUGAAGAAUAGGAGUUGGGUUGGGGAUCCUUGUCUUCCCCAAGGCUACCCAUGGGAAGCCUUGACCUGCAAUGAGAUGCCAGACUCAAGAAUUAUAUCAUUGAGUUUAUCAAGAAAUAAUCUAAGUGGGCAGGUUCCAAGGGCACUGCUAGAUAAAAAUGCCAGCAGAACACUUCUACUAAGUAGCAAUGAAAAUCCCAACAUUCUAACCCCCAACUCACAAUCUCCAACCAGUCAAAAGAAGACUGUGGUUAUUGCGGUUGCAUCUACUGGUGCUCAUUCUGCCAGGGCAAAUCGGCAAUUAGCCAGUUCAACAUGUCAAAUGAUGAUUUUUAGUCAAGUGCUGCUUGUGUACAAGUUUCCUUUGGGAAAGCGGCCAGCAUGAUUGUGAAAAGAUGUUUUGCCACUACAAUAUAGGGAUUUGAAAUGGAAAAAAGGAGAAUUAUCAGAACCAGAUGAAGCUCGAGCAUUUUCACAUGCAGAGAUCAUAAAUAUCAUCAAUAACUUUGAAAAGGUCAUCGGUAAAGUAGGCUUUGGGACUAUUUACUAUGGACAUCUAGAAAAUGGAUACGAAGACACUCUCCCAAGAAUCAAGGCAGGGAUCAAGGGGAUUCUCCGCUGUCAAACUGCUGAUGAGGGUUCAUCACAAGUACUUAGUCUCUUUGAUAGUGAGGAAGGCAAGGAAAAAAUUCUCAUCUAUGAGUACAUGUCUGAAGGAAAUCUGAAAGAGAUGCCGUCAGAAUGCGGAAGUAUGCAAUUUGAUACAGACAAGAGUAGCAAACCCAGAGUCUUAAAUUGGGCACGUCGUCUUCAAAUAGCCCUUAGUGCUGCACAAGGUAUGCAUGUAAACAUGCCUAGCUUCCUUCUAUAUUCCUUUUCUAAAUUUAUCACCACAUAUUUUGGGUUAGUUGUAGGAUUGGAGUAUCUUCAUAAUGGAAGCAAGCCACCAAUCAUUCAUAGCGAUGUCAACACUUCCAACAUCCUCUUAAAUGAAAAGAUGGAAGCAUGUCUAGAUUUGGGCCAACUGAAGGAGAUGGUCAUAUAUCAACUGCAGCUGUUGGGUAUAUUAAGUAAAAGCAUAACUGACUCCACCAACUGGAGGUAUCACACUCAGUACACACUCAAUGAGAAGAGUGAUGUUUACGGCUUUGGCAUUGUUCUCUUAGAGCUCAUCACAGGGCAGCCAGCAAUAAUUAUUAAUGAAAGAAAAAUUCACAUUGUACAAUAUAUAGUUUCCGAGCUUGCUAAUGGGGCCAUCGUUAGGGUGGUUGAUCCAAGAUUGCAAGGAGAGUACGACAUUGAUUUGAUGUGGAAAGCAGCAAAGACAGCACUGGCAUGUACACCAGACACUGCCAAACAAAGACCCAACAUGAGCACUGUUAUCAGUGAACUGAGGAUUUGUAUAGAGCUGGAAUGGUCUCGUUUGAGAGGUUCAAGAAAGGAAUUCAAAUUAUCAAGCACUCCCACUGAUUCAAGUAAUAAGGAAAUAGAACAAGCAUAUGAUCCUUUACCAAGGUAGUUGAUCCAGCCAGUUUCUAAACAACCUCCACUAUAAACUAGCAAAAUAUGUUGGAGCCUAAUUCAAGGAAACAAUGUGCUUUCUGGUCAGCAUUGUCUUUCUAUGUUAACUAGUUACAAGACACUGGCUUUCGAAUUAUGAGGCUAUAAGAGCAAUAUGUUGAUCUCUAGAUCAAUAGGCUACAAGAUAAGAUUCAUGGCACAUUUGGUAAGAGAAACACUCAUUUAGGUUCUCAUGUUAUUUUUAAAACACUGGUUACAAUCGAUGAUUACCAAAAAAAAAGAAGUUGAUUAUAAAAACUCAUAAGACUGAAAAAAAAGGAUUAUAACAUUGCGGAUCAACUAGUACAUCUGGUGCUAUUAGCAUGAGAAUCUGACGUCAUUAAUAAAGGCUACAAUGGUUAAAAACAAUACAUGAAAGCCCAAACAUAGGAAAGAUUGUUCAUUUUCAUCAGCAUUUGUGGAUAACAUUGACAAACAAUUUGGUUGUUGCUUCUAGGAAUCACGCUUCGUCUUAAUUGGUUAAGUUUUUUACAAUUGUAGCAUCACAUUCCAAGGUCGAAUACUAAAGCUAUAACCACCGAAAAGAGAAAAUGGAAAACAUUCUUGAUACUUUACUGAACUUAGUCAAAUUCCUCCACCCAUUAAUUGAGUCAUAAGAACAAAUUUUGCAGCAAAUCCACUUUUAACUUGAAUCAAAGAAAGCACUCUAAGCAAUGAAUGGAUACAAGUUUCCAAAUAUGCAGAUAAAUAACCAAAGGAAUAGCAAAAACAAUUUGUGAGGCCAGCAAACACUCACAAUCACACCCUUAGAAAUUUCUUGAUUGGUGGUUCCCAUUGAUCAUGGCCUCCACUAUUGAAACAUUACAAUAAGAACGUUAUUGCUAGCCCAUGCCUCAAAAAUCUUAUAAAAAUCGCGGGGCAAGCACGGUCUUAGGGUUUAAUAAUCCCUCACAGGAACUUGGAUGUUAGAUCUCAUCGGUACCGUGUGCUGAACCGGCUAAAUAAUAAUAGGAAAAUUGUUUCAUGCGGGCUGGACCGCAUUUCUACAUACGAGGUCAAGAAAGUGUAGAGCAUCCACCUUAAAGAUGGA